AUUUUUGUUGUGUUUUGGAAUUUGGUGAAAGUAAAAAAAAACUUUGUUUGAAAAUACAAAAUACUCUCAAUUUUAGAGAAAUCCACUAAAAGCAAAUAUGGAAAACCUCCGGAAUAUAUGGAAGCCAGAAUUGUAUAAAAUUCAAAUGGAAGCCCCAAUACCGAAACCAAUAAUAUGCGAAGACUGUCCGGACAGACCCGACUUCUACGGUAAAGAAUAUCACGGGAUAAUGGGUCACAAAGAAGCGACAUUGCUGCUGGAAUAUGAGCCGAAUGGAGCGUUUCUAAUUAGAAAAGGAAACGUACAUAACGAUUUCUUCACGUUAACUUGGAGAUUCAAUGACAAAAUACAUCACUACAAGUUGUACUAUGAUGGCUCCCACUACAUAAAAGAGAAAAGAUUUGACUGUAUUUACGAUCUUGUGGCCGAUGGACUUAUAACCUGCCACAUGGAACUUAAAGCGCAUCACAUUCUGGAGAUGAUAAACUCACACACAUGUUAUACAGAGAGCCCCUAUGUUACUCUAAACAGGACCAAGAUUAAUACUCUAACCAAGAUUCAGAGCUCAGUUAUUAAAUCAAAUCUUGUGAAUAACACAGAUGAAGAAGUAACCAAAAAGCCAAUACUAGAUCUGACACCUACCAUUGAGGAUAGCCCACUGCUGUUUAAGUAUACAAAAACUCAUAAUUUUAAAAUUCAUACUUUCAAAGGACUAAACUGGUGUGAACUUUGUGCUAAUUUUCUGUGGGGCUUCACUGCUCAAGGUGUCAAGUGUGAAGAUUGCGGGUUCAUAGCUCACAUCAAAUGUUCGGAGCGUGUGCCUAACCACUGUGUUCCCGAUCUGAAGAAGAUAAGAGGAGUGUUUGGUAUAGACUUGACAACACUGUUGAACGCACAUUCCAGCACUCUACCCUUUGUGGUGCGAAAAUGUGUCAAUGAGAUAGAGACAAGAGGACUAGAUUCUGAGGGAAUUUACCGAGUAUCAGGUUUUGCGGAUGAAAUUGAAGCUUUGAAGAUAGCUUUUGAUAAAGAUGGUGAAGCAGCAGAUCUCAGUUUGUUUAGUAACAUUAACGUAAUCGCCGGCACGUUGAAACUGUACUUACGACUGCUCCCAGUGCCGCUUAUUACAUUCGAAGUGCACCCAAAACUCGUCAAUGCCAUUCAGGCGAAAACAACAGCUCUACAAGUAACAAUGUUACGUCAGUGUUUAGAUGAGUUGCCGCCAGCACAUUUCAACUGCUUACAAUACAUGGUGCAGCAUUUACACAGAGUUGCUCAGUAUGCUGAAGUAAACAAAAUGUCUGCACACAAUCUCAGCACGGUGUUCGCCCCAACUCUGGUGGCAACUCCCCCAGCUAUCACAGACUUGGCUUUUGAAAUACGAGCCCUGCAAGCCCUUAUUGAGUUUAGCCCUCAAAUAUAUUAUGGCAAUAAGUGAACCAUGUGAUUGUUACAAAAAGUGAGGAAACUUUCCUAUAAAAGACAAAAAGAUAGUUCAUGAGUUAUGGUAUGAAUUGACUGAAGUUAUAUAGUUUAGCUACCUGUAAAAUUUCCUAGCAGAAUAGAGUUCUUAAAAAUGUCACAGAGAAAAUAACUUGUUACUGUGCAAUAUGAUACUUUCUUCAGUUUCAUAGAUUAUGGUAUGAAUUGACUGAAGUUAUAUAGUUUAGCUACUUGUAAAAUUUCCUAGCAGAAUAGAGUUCUUAAAAAUGUCAUAGAGAAAAUAACUUGUUACUGUGCAAUAUGAUACUUUCUUCAGUUUCAUAGAUGAAGGCUAGGAUAGGCAGUAUUGUAAAGAUAGGGUAAAAGUAUUAUUAAUCAACUAAUAUCUUUUUAAAUGACUGAUACUUGUAGGUUUAGAACAUA